CACCGCCCACAGAGCUCCCGCGCCGGCCGGAGCGAGCGGCUCCGCUUCCCGUGACAUGGGGCGGCUGGUGGGUCUCAGCUUGCUGGGGAUAGCGCUGGCGCUGCUGGGCGAGAGGCUCCUGGCGCUCAGGAAUCGACUUAAAGCUUCCAGUGCAGUAGAAUCUGUAGACCUUCCAAACUGCCACCUGAUUAAAGGCAUCGAAGCUGGCGCCGAAGAUAUUGACAUUCUCCCCAAUGGUCUGGCUUUCCUCAGUGUGGGUCUAAAAUGUCCAGGACUUCACAGUUUUGCACCGGAUAAGCCUGGAGGAAUACUAAUGAUGGAUCUCAAAGAUGAAAAGCCAAGGGCAUUGGAAUUAAGAAUUAGCCGUGGCUUUAAUUUGGCAUCAUUUAACCCGCAUGGGAUCAGCACUUUCAUAGAUGAUGACACAGUUUAUCUCUUUGUUGUAAACCACCCAGAAUCCAAGAAUACAGUGGAAAUUUUUAAAUUUGAAGAAGAAGAUAAUUUUCUUUUGCAUCUGAAAACAAUCAAACAUGAGCUUCUUCCAAGUGUGAGUGACAUCAUAGCUGUUGGACCUACACAUUUCUAUGCCACCAAUGACCACUAUUUCUCUGAUCCUUUCCUAAAGUAUUUGGAAACAUACUUGAACUUGCACUGGACAAACGUUGUUUACUAUAGUCCACGUGAAGUUAAAGUGGUAGCAGAAGGAUUUGAUUCAGCCAAUGGGAUUAGUAUUUCACCUGACAAAAAGUACAUCUAUGUUGCUGAUACCUUGGCUCAUGAAAUUCAUGUUUUGGAAAAACAUCCUAAUAUGAAUUUAACUCAACUGAAGGUACUCAAGUUGGACACACUGGUGGAUAAUUUAUCCAUUGAUCCUUCCUCGGGGGACAUCUUGGUGGGCUGUCAUCCUAACGGCCAGAAGCUCUUCAUUUAUGACCCGAACAAUCCUCCUUCAUCAGAGGUUCUCCGCAUCCAGAACAUUCUAUCAGAGAAGCCUGUGGUGACAACAGUUUAUGCCAACAACGGAUCUGUCCUCCAGGGGAGUUCUGUGGCCUCAGUGUAUGACAGGAAGCUGCUCAUAGGCACUUUGUACCACAGAGCCCUAUAUUGUGAACUCUAAAUUGUACUGUUGGUUUGUGAGCGUGCUAACUUCUCUUAACAAUUACUUUUCUAUGGAUCGCUAAUUCUGAGGGAAUUUAACCAGCCAACUCGAGCCAGGAAUGUAGGACUUGUAUGGUUAAUUUUAUUUCAGCAAGGGAAGGCCCUUCCGUUCUUGUAGCACUUUUAACGUAAAAGGAGAAUGAACAGUUUUUUUUUAAAAUGCCAAGUUAAGGAGAGAGAAGCUGCUUUUGGUAAAGUGAAUACACCUUGCACAAAAUAAGCCUUACCUCUUCCUUCCAGUUUCCAGAGGAGAAAUCCACUGAAACAGGGUAGAUCUAUUUCCUUAAAAUGUGAGUGACCUUUAUUCCAACAGAGUGACCACUGUGACUGUUCCGGACUACUGAGAGAUAACACGUUUGGAUGUUUUAUACUUACAUCUUUGUUUACUACUAAAGAGUUGGAGUUCUAUUAAAGACUAACUGAAAUCCAA